GUGGUUUUUACGAAUGAUACCUCGUCGAAGAAGAGAGGUGCAAUCGUCGUGAGCUACGGAGAUGAGGUGAUCAGACGACGGCUGAAACAACUACUUAAGAUUGUCAGCCUAUUCCAGAGGCGUAUUCACAGCUGCAGCGUGGACACUGAGUAUCGGCAUGAGGAGUCUCCUGUAGAAGAGUGUAAGAUCCCGGAUCUACCUGCCAGCACACUGCUGAAGGCUACUCUAAGAACGUUAACUGUGAAGGUCAUUGAUGAUCGACCAACAACUGGCGGUCACUUCCACACGGACCAGACCGGAUUCCACUCCCUGAUCCACGACGCAACGGGACUGGACAGCACUGCAGCCAGUGUUAAUACCUCCUGUCUACUCGACAAACCAGUGCGAUUGCAGACGCCAGGAGUGUGGAAUCAGCAGAAGGGCAGACCGCCACUUUCACGGACGUUUCAGGCGGAAACACCGGCGGUGCAGAAACACAUGCAGGAGCACAGCAGCCUGGUCGCCACGCCGACGAAGUCCCGAGUCGACGCGUCCGGACCCGAGACGCGCGCGGCGAUCCUGCACGACGUCAUCGCUCCGCAGGAGAUCAUGUUCCCGAACACGUUCAUAGGUGGCGUCGGCGAGCUGUCGUGGUCCAUCGUCGACAUGCGCGCGGCGGCGGCGGUGGCGGCCGAGGCGAACGUCGCUGUGCAGCUGUUCCCGCUCGAGCCGACAUAUAUGAUGGUUGGAGCUGGUCCCAUGCAGCCAUCCAGCUCAAUGGUGUUCCACGUUGCGAAAUCUGCGUGGACUGUGCAGUAUGGCGGAACGACGACAGUACCAGUCAGGUUUACACCGAUGAACGCUGGCCGCUAUCAUCAGAUAUGGAAAGUGGAGUUGUCUCUGGGAACACGGACUGAGGUUCGAACGCUGCGAAUUUACGGCGAUGGGACAAAGAGGGCGAUUCCAACAACAGCUUCAUCAGGAUACAAACCUGUCACUGCUAGACAGCAAGAGCUUGACUUUGGCAGUGUAGACCUUGGGUCCACAUCCAAGUUAAAACUACAGAUUUGUAACAAGACAGAUUGUAAUUACGCUCUGAACGUAGCGUUGCCCAGCCCGCCGUUCAACGUGUCCGACAAGAACAAGCACGUGUCGCUGAAGUCACAUCACUUCGUUUCGCUACCGAUCUACUUCCGGCCAAACCGGACGGGCGUUUACUGUCACACACUGACCAUUGACGUGCAAGACCAGGACAGCCUAUCCGUGCAGCUGAAGGGGGAAUGCAAGAUACACUAGACGUGGCGGAAGCGAGAAAAAACGUGGCGUUAUCCCGUGCGAGACGGGCCUUAUUAUAAAAACGGCUACUUGUCUGUGAAAUGGGGCUUAUUGGGGGAAAAAUGGGGGUAGGGUGGUCAUACAUGUGAAAAACAGGUGUGUUAUUUGUGAAACGUGCCUUAUGUUUGUGUGUGGCAUUGCAGUGGGACUCGCUCUGUGAUUUUAUUAACAUGUCUGGCUAAUAAUUAAUGAUUUCAUGGUGAUUUAAACCAUAUUGUGAAUGUGAAUUGCCAUUGUGUUUUUCUGUCUGUAGACAUCAUAGCACGAACCUAUUAAGCGCAUCGCAUAAUUCAUCGCUGUUUCGUUGAUAGGUAGGUUAAAAGCCCAUGACAUCCCCAGUUUUUUUAAACCAUGCCUUUGUACCAGUCCCAUUUUUUCUGUGAUCAUUUUGAAGCAUUCCAUACCAGCGCUGAAGGGUCCUUCCUCUAGCUAGAAACACUACAGCUAUAGCUAGUGCUGUUGGAGCCUGGCUGGGUUGUCAUGAGACCUAGCCGUGGAUGUUGCCUCGAAUCCACUGUUUCCCUCUUCCAUCACCGAGUAGACCUUUGUCCUCCUGCCUUGCUAUUCUCAAUCAGCUGCCGAGUCAAUAUUAUAUAUGAUGGUCUUUCUCCCUGUGUGCCUAGUCAAUCGUGUGCUCUAUUAGCAGUGUUAGUGUAACGACGAUGAUGACGUUACCCGUUGAAGUGUAGAUCUGUUGUAGCGAUGGAUAAUGAAACUCCAAACUCCAAGCAGUAGUGUUCAGCAAAUAGUAUAUUGUUUCUCAAACCACAUACGCUCGCACAGAGGCACGCAGACGCGUGCCUCGCGCACUCACGUCCGACCUCUCUCACCACCAAGAACCUUCUCCUUUAUACAUUUCUAGAUAACAGAGGACGUCGCACGCGCCCGGACAACCACCUGCUGCCCACAUGUACAACAACCCCCUCUCAACCGUUUCGCAUCUCCAUCAUCCAUACUACAACAAACACGCUACCGCCGACCAACAUAUUAUGCAACCGCAGUCGCUACAUUUUCAAUCACUCAACUACUAUUUGUGACAUCUGCAACCCAUACUUUACAUUAGCUCCACCGUGAACAGUACGAUUGUAUAUCUGGUAUAGGUAUGUUCAUGACUUCGCGAAGCUGGAGCACUGAUGAAAAUGUGAGCUGCUGCCCAUCGCUUGUCAACACCUCCCUUCCAGUUUCAGGCUGCAUUUAGUUGCCAUGCUUCCUUUCCUUUUGAAGAACCCCUCCCCCAUGCACCUUAACUCUUUCGUAAGGACAAUCAGCUUAGUGUAAAAUGAAAGCAUCUUUAAAGGUUGUUUCCAUUAUUUGAUGUGAAAGGAAAAGUGGAAUCGACCAAUUUUAUAAUUCCAUGUGGUUAUUUGUUAUUUGUGUAUUGUUUCACUGUAUAGCAAUCACUAAUGUACAUUGUGUGUGAAAAUAAUUAAAUAUUAAUAAAAUGUCUAAUAUAUUUUUCGGAACUUUA